GAUGGAGGACGGAUAAACGGCGCUCGCGCUCCGGGAUUUUGGGAUGCUGAGGUGAUUCCUCUCUCUCCCUCUCUCUCCCUCUCUUCACCUCCACCUCGGCUCCAUCAGCCCCUCCUCGGAUCCCCGGAUCCGGAUCGAGCCGUCAGACCCUCCGGGCUCCGUGUUGCUGUUGUUGGGUUUUUGCGCUCAGCGGAAGGUUCUGUUUUUUCUUCUUCUUCUCCUCCGUGAGUCAGAACCGGACCGGGUUUCGCUCCGGUGCUGCUGGAUGUGUCUGGACCGCGGGGGUUAAACUACUUGAGAGAAGCGCUCGCGCUCCGCUGGCUUGUAUGUUUCUGGAGGGGAUUUGCUUGGAGACGGAACGCGCACGGACUCACUUCCAAAGGCAGAUCUGUGUCGCCGGGCAGGAAUUAAAGCUUCCCACAUCCCCAGUGAUGAGCUAAAGGCUCUCGAACUGGAAGACGAAGUCAACUGAUUGGGCGGAAGAGGACGGCUCGGCCAGUCGGUGAUGAGCAUCCGGCCCCUCCGCAGCCAAUGAGCUAACCGUUCAACAACACUUCCGUACGAGCAUCGCAGAGCGGCUCAGUGGGAGCGGCGCUCCGCUGAGAGGACCGGACGGCAGGACUGAGGACCGGCGAGGACGACGAUGAAGAGGCUGAGGGCCUUCCUGGUGCUGCUGGGAGUCUGGGCGCUGUGCGGCGUGGCGCUGGGGACCCGGAGAGGGAACGCCUCGUUGGACCGCAGAGGCCACAGACACAGACAUCCAGGUCACGCCUCGCUGCACAGACACCGACAGCGGGCGGGGAAAGAGGGCCAGGUGCUGCACAGGUCCAAGCGAGGCUGGGUCUGGAACCAGUUCUUCGUCAUUGAGGAGUACACCGGACCCGACCCGGUUCUGGUGGGCAGGCUCCACUCAGACGUGGACUUGGGCGACGGCAACAUCAAAUACAUCCUGUCCGGCGAGGGAGCCGGGACCAUCUUCGUGAUCGACGACAAGACGGGCAACAUCCACGCCACCAAGACGCUGGACCGCGAGGAGCAGGCGCAGUACACCCUGACGGCGCAGGCCGUGGCCAGGGACACCAACAAGCCCCUGGAGCCGCCGUCCGAGUUCAUCGUCAAGGUCCAGGACAUCAACGACAACCCGCCCGAGUUCCUGCACGGGCCGUACUACGCCAGGGUGCCCGAGAUGUCCAACGUCGGUACGUCGGUGAUGCAGGUGACGGCGACCGACGCCGACGACCCCACCUACGGCAACAGCGCACGGCUGGUGUACAGCAUCCUGCAGGGACAGCCGUACUUCUCUGUGGAGCCUCAGACCGGCAUCAUCCGAACGGCGCUGCCCAACAUGGACCGCGAGGCCCGGCAGGAGUACGACGUGGUCAUCCAGGCCAAAGACAUGGGCGGUCACAUGGGCGGGCUGUCCGGAACCACCGAGGUCAAGAUCACGCUCACGGACGUCAACGACAACCCCCCCAAGUUCCCUCAGAGUGUGUACCCCAUGGUCGUGUCGGAGGACAGAGUGCCGGGGGAGGAGGUGGGCCGCCUCAAAGCCAAAGACCCCGACAUGGGGGACAACGGUCUGGUCAACUACCGGCUGGUCGAGGGAGACGGGAUGAGCGUGUUCGAGCUGACGACCGACUCCGAGACCAGGGAGGCCGUCGUCAAGCUGAAGAAGAUGGUGGACUUUGAGACCAAGAGGUCGUACACCCUGAAAGUGGAGGGGUCCAACCCGCACAUCGACCCCCAGUUCCUGGCUUGGGGGCCGUACAAGGACGAGGCCACCAUCAAGAUAUCGGUGGAGGACGCCGACGAGCCCCCCGUGUUCGUGGCCCCCAGCUACACCUUCGAGGUGGAGGAGAACGCGCCUCCGGGCGCCGUGGUGGGGCGAGUCCACGCCAAGGACACCGACGUGGCCAACAACCCAGUCAGGUACAUGAUCCCGCGCUACACCGACGUGGAGCAGUUCUUCACCAUCAACUCGGACGACGGCCUGAUCACCACCACCAGGCCGCUGGACCGGGAGGCGCAGGCCUGGCACAACAUCUCGGUGUCGGCCACGGAGAUCGGAGGACACCACCAGGACACCAAGGUGCGCGUCAACAUCAGAGUCAAAGACGUGAACGACAACCCGCCGGAGUUCGCCACCAACAACGAGGUCCUGAUGUGCGAGAGCGUCGCGCCGGGGAAGUUGAUCGAGACGGUGAGCGCGGUGGAUAAGGACGAGAUGGCUCACCGCCAGCACUUCACCUUCAGCCUGGCGCCCGAAGUCGCCCACAACCACAACUUCUCGCUCAAAGACAACCGAGACAGCACGGCCAGCAUCUACGUGCUCCGGAAGGGGUUCGGCCGGCUGACGCAGGACGUGUACCACCUCCCCAUCGAGAUCAGCGACAACGGCGUCCCCGCCCUGAGCAGCACCAACACCCUGACCAUCCGGGUGUGCUCCUGCGACAGCAAGGACACCAUCCUGUCCUGCAACGUGGAGCCGUACGUGCUGCCGGCCGGCCUCAGCACCGGGGCGCUCAUCGCCAUCCUGGCCUGCAUCGUCAUCCUGCUGGCGAUCGUGGUGCUGUUUGUGGCCCUGAGGCGCCAGAAGAAGGAGCCGCUGAUCGUGUUUGAGGAGGAGGACAUCAGGGAGAACAUCAUCACGUACGACGACGAGGGAGGCGGCGAGGAGGACACCGAGGCGUUCGACAUCGCCACGCUGCAGAACCCGGAUGGAGCAAACGGCUUCCUGCCCAGGAAGGACAUCAAACCGGAGCUCCAGUAUCCCCUGAGACCCGGCCUGGGCCGCGCGGCGGCCAACAGCGUGGACGUGGACGACUUCAUCAAGACUCGGAUCGCCGAGGCGGACAGCGACCCCACGGCGCCCCCUUACGACUCCAUUCAGAUCUACGGCUACGAGGGCCGGGGGUCGCUGGCCGGGUCGCUGAGCUCGCUGGAGUCGGUCACCACGGAGUCCGACUUGGAUUAUGACUAUCUGCAGAGCUGGGGGCCCAGGUUCAAGAAGCUGGCCGAUUUGUACGGGACCAAAGACUGCUCCGUCGCCGACGCCGACGACGGCGAGGACUCUUAACGGCGGUCCUACGUGAGAGGACGCCCCACCCGGACCCUCCGCAAGCUCCGAUCUGACGAUUCCACGGGGAUUCGUUCCCAGCUUCCCGAUUGUUAUUACCAACGACUGAUCAGUUCAUGCCAAUUCGUCGAUGAACAUUAGCAGGUCUGCUUCCGGUGGCGCCGCCGGGAUGAUUUGUUAAUGGACACAUAAUGAAUGCUUGGACUUGAAACGCUCCCAAAUCUCUUCUUUCCUUCCGACGCCUCCCUCCCUCCCUCCCUCGAUUUCUACAGACUCAAGCAAUGCAGGGCCGGGACAUUUGUUACGUAACCAAGUUUGUCUGUCUGGAAGUGGUUCGAUGGAUAGGUUGUUGCUGUUUGAUCAAAAA